UUUUGUCUGCAAAGACGGAAACACGCACCCGUUCGUCGAGUGGGUAUUUGCGUGUUACUCCAAUGGCUGUUGGCAAACACUGCGUAAAAAAUUAAUUGAAUUAUUCAGAUUGUGAACUUCUGGGUUGUGACUAAGUGUAAUCUUGUAGGUGUAUAUCGACGUUUCGGAAGAAUAUACUGCCUCCAUCUUCAUGGUUGAUGUAUACGUAAUAGUCUUCCGGUACGGUCGGAACCUAUUCAGCGCUCUGCAAAUUGUUGACUCCUCAAAUGCAAGUUUCACUCCGCCUACCGAGCUGGGUAUAAAAAGAAGCAGCUCCAACCCAGCACAUCAGUUCCACGUCAGUUCCAAGUCAGUUCCACGUCAGUCUUCAAUCAGUUCCACAACAGUCUUCAAGCAGUCUACAAACAGCACACUUCGUCACCAGCGCUUGGUCUUCAGAGGCAUCGGCACUUCACUGCACCAGGCACGACUGCCUCGGCUGUCCGGCGGUCUCACCCGACUCACUGGGCAACUCGGCUGCCUCGAUUCGCCGGUGGUCAUGCCCAACAUGCUGGGCAACUGGCGUAGCUACCGCCUCUCCACUCCUGCGACCGCGCUUCGUAAGCAAAUGUUUUCCAGCAACGGCCGCACUGUGGCCAGUCAACUGACUCAGCCGCCUCAACACACCGCAACCAACAUCCCUUUCUACUGGUGCGCACCGCCCUACUUCACCAGCCAAACAUCCCAGCAGCCAACGGUCCUUUUCAGGACCUACAAGCUUUUCCGAAGAAGUGGGUUGUCAUUGAAGUAAAGACAAAAUCGCUCACAAUGUAACCGACUUUCUCUACAUCUCUUCUGGCAUCCAGUCUAUUAUUAUGGAUGUUAAAAACGGCAUCAUUAUUCAGCAAGAAGCUGAAAUGUGACACACUUAAACCAAUUUAAAUUUGUGAUACAUAACAAAUAGUACAAAAACAGUAUACCCAAAAAGUAAAUUCAUGCACUUUAAGUAUUGUUUUAUAAACUUCUGAAGCAACCACUCAUUCUUGCUUUCCAUUUUGAUAAUUUUUAUACUGUUUAUAACCUCUGAGAAUAUCAGUUACCUAGUCAUACAUAAUCUGCAUAUGCAAUUAUGAUUUUUGCACUACAGAAAAUUUUGAAAAUUGUAAUUGAUUUCUUUCUUUAUGCUUGUAAGUAACUUUUUGUUAAAUAUACAACUAAUAUGUUAGGUGUUAUGACAAGCUAAAUAGUAUCUCAGCAGGUCAACAAAGAUGUCUGAAAGAAAAAAAAACACUUCAUCUCUCAGCAUUACAGCAUGAAUAAAGCAAAUUUCUUUGCACAAAGAAAGUGUUUCACAACCUAUCACUUUCUUAAAAACUGAAUUAGAUAUAUUUGAAGACAGACACUGAACUUUUCACCAGAUCUGCCAAACAAAUAACAUUUUAUGUUAGUUUAAAGGAUAUGCACUGUAUGUUUACUGCUAAGUGGCCAGCUGUUGCAGAUAUGCAGACACAAAGCUAUGAAGCUGUGACUGCAUUAAUAAUUAUAAAAUUAUUAUUACUUACUUACUUAUGGAGCUGAGCCCUUCUUGGGGAAAGA